AAUGAGUGACAUUUAUAGCGAAGCGGCCAUGCUGACAGGGUUCCCCAUCCCAUUUUUAAAAUUUUGUUUCCGUUUAAUUGAACAUUGCAUUACCUUUUUUCGUACUGAACUCAGCCCUGAAGGACGACACACCACACCACUUGUUUUAACGGUUCUCUCUUCUAACUUCUCACGUUCUCCACCACUUUGUUCCAGGAGCAAGAAAGCUAGCUGUGCUCUUUAGUGUUGGCGUCCACACUGGCAUCCUUUGGCCCGCUCUGAGGUGAACAAGAAAUAAACCACAUCAAAGACGAGGUGAUUGGGUGGUGAUACCAGAGGCGGAAGCUAGUCAAAAUGCUUCAGGACAUUGGUGCUAGAGCCAUGGGGGUUUAUGAGUAUCUCUUGAAGGGAACAGACCCGCGACUAUGGAGUUACCCACUCAUGGGGAGUCCGGUGAACAUGUCGGCCAUCUUGCUGACCUACAUCUUCUUCGUGCUGGUUGCUGGGCCUCGCUUCAUGGCCAACCGCAAGCCCUUCCAACUCAAGGAGGCCAUGAUCACUUACAACUUCUCCAUGGUGGCAUUGAACGCCUUUAUUGUCUAUGAGUUCAUGAUGUCAGGCUGGGCCACGACAUACACAUGGAGAUGUGACGCCGUUGAUUACUCGGACAGCCCCCAAGGCCUUAGAAUGGUUCGAGUGGCCUGGUUAUUCUUGUUCUCCAAAUUCAUUGAGCUCUUGGACACGGUGUUUUUCGUUCUGAGGAAGAAACAUGGCCAGAUCACCUUCCUGCACGUCUUCCACCACUCUUUCAUGCCCUGGACCUGGUGGUGGGGUGUCAGUUUAGCUCCCGGGGGAAUAGGCUCUUUCCAUGCCAUGGUGAAUUGCAUCGUCCACGUCAUCAUGUACUCUUACUACGGCCUGUCUGCGGCUGGACCACGCUUCCAAAAGUUCCUCUGGUGGAAGAAGUACAUGACCGCCAUCCAACUGGUUCAGUUUGUGAUGGUGUCCCUCCACGUCACCCAGUAUUACUUCAUGGACAGCUGUGACUACCAGGUCCCCCUGUUCAUCCACCUCAUCUGGAUGUAUGGUACCUUCUUCUUCGUGCUCUUCUCCAACUUCUGGUACCAGGCAUAUGUGAAGGGAAAGCGGUUGCCUAAGCAGGACUCCAAGCCUGGCCUCAACGGCAAGGCCAACGGGACCACCAUGGUCGCCAAUGGCAAGCACCACAAGAAAGGUAACAGUAAUGGCACAAGCAACGGUUCCAGUCACCACGAAAAUGGCAGUGCCCAUGCGGGCAAGAUGAAGAAGUCCUAGGGUCUUCAGAAAAGAACAUCCGAGACGCGUGAAUACGAGAUCCCGCACAAACUACUGUGGAUUCCAAAGAAUGUUUUGGUUAUGUUUAUUUUCUGAUCAUUUUUAGUUUUAUUCAGCACAAAAAGCUGGGGAAAUGACGAGGUCAAUGACUUCUGCGGUUGGGGUCCCACAUUUCGUUUAUUUUUUAUUUUUUAAACUGAACUUACUAUGGAACACAAUUUAUGAAGAGACAUGCUAUGACCUGAUAUCUCUUUACUGAUGUUGCCACCUAUGAUAAAGAUGAGCAAUAAUGACUAUAUAAAAUAAAUCAUAAAAAUACUGAGCUAUAUUGUAUAAAAAAAAAGGGAAAUAUUAUUUUAUACUAAAAGAAAGAGCUUUUGUUUAACAAGUAAUACUCUUUUUUUCUAAAAAAAGGUAAGGUUCAAAAUUGACACCUCUAAAGAUUAUUGUAAAUAAAGUAGUCAAAAGUUUAGUAUUUGGUCCCAUAUUCCUAGCACACAAUGGCCACAUCAAGCUUGUGACUCUACGAACUUGUUGGAUGCAUUUGCUGUUUUUGAUUGUGUGUCAGAUUAUUUUGUGCCCAAUAGAAAGGAAUGGUAAAUAAUGUAUUGUGUCAUUUUUAUUGUAAAUAAGAAUAGAAUGUUUCUAAACACUUGAUUAUGGAUAAUGCUAACAUGAUUAUCAAUAAUCCUGAAUUAAUUGUGAAUAAUGAUGUGUGAAAGGUACAGGGGGUCAAAGAUCAUACCACCAAGACAUGCUAAUCGCUCACCAUUUCCAAAAACGGGAAAUUCGAUGUCUUGGCAUUAUCUUUGACCCUCUGUAACUUUCUCACUCAUCAUUGUUCAACCAACCCACAUCUCUUUGUGUGGGGGAGGGGCCUGGUUCAGGGUUGGACUAGGGCAAACACAUAAUACCGGUAUAUGAGUUUGACUUUGAGCUGGUGACAUGUGUACUGUAAAUUACCUAAUAAUGCCAACGACACAACCUCUAAUGGUAAUGACUACCUGGAAAUGUCUACAGUAUCUAUGACGUGUCGAGGCUAAUGCCAUUCUUACUUCACAGGGCUGUAAGUCCAACAACCUCAAUGAGUUGGUAAAUGACCUGCUUGUCAUGACAGAGCAACAUUAUGGUGCUUCUUUCAAAGCGUUUUUGUGAGACCUUGACACUGUAAAUAAAGGUGGACAUUGUCUCCUUACAUCUGCUUGGAUACUGAUCCUGACGGAAAAUGGAACUUUAUACCUUGAUUUCCACAAGCAUUUCAAACAAUGUUUGACAAAUCCUUGUAUGAUUGUCCUUUGUGUUCAUGUUUAUUCACCCUAGGUUGACUGUAAUGCAUUUUGGGGGUAAUCGAGAGGAAUUAAAAUACAUCCGAAUUUUACAACGUUA